AUGGGAAUUUUUUCUUGGUUCAGUAGAGGCAGCAAUAAUAACAAAAAGGAAAAUGCUCCGGUGGAAAAAUCCGUCCCGAAACCCGAUUCUGUGUCAUCCGAGGUACCAGGCAUGAACGGAGCGAUGGAGGUUCGACGAGCCGCUCUUUCGUCUGACUUAUCGGUUUUCGAAUUCGGGUCAGUUGCCGCUUCCGCCGACAAGGUCACAGUGACCGGUUGCUGCCCCGUUUCGGACGAGCUAGAGCCCUGCCGUUGGGAGAUCCUGCCUGCGAGUGGCUCGGAUGCACCACAAUUCCGUAUAGUCUUUUGA